AUGGACAGCCUCAAGGGAGCCAAGUUGCCGAGCGCGCCGAAGGGCGGGAGCGCGCUCGUCAAGGUGGCGGUGCUCGGCGGCGCGGGGCUCUACGCUGUCCUCAACAGCUUCUACAACGUCGAGGGCGGCCACCGCGCCAUCGUCUUCAGCCGCCUCGAGGGGAUCAAGGACAAGGUGUACCCAGAAGGAACUCACCUGCUGAUCCCGUGGAUCGAGAGACCGAUUGUCUACGACGUCCGCGCCCGACCCAACCUCGUCGAGAGCACCUCCGGAAGUCGCGACCUCCAGAUGGUGAGAAUUGGUCUUCGUGUUCUUACUCGACCCAUGCCAGAUCAGCUACCUAAAAUCUACAGGAACCUGGGGGAGAACUUCAAUGAGAGAGUUCUGCCUUCAAUCAUUCAUGAAACACUCAAAGCUGUGGUUGCUCAAUACAAUGCCAGUCAGCUGAUCACACAGAGAGAGGCUGUGAGCAGGGAGAUUAGGAAGAUUCUGACUGAGAGGGCCAACAACUUCAAUAUCGCUCUGGAUGAUGUGUCCAUCACAAGCCUCAGCUUUGGAAAAGAGUUUACUCAUGCCAUUGAAGCCAAACAGGUUGCUGCGCAAGAAGCUGAGCGUGCCAAGUUCAUUGUUGAGAAGGCCGAGCAGGACAAGCGCAGUGCAAUCAUAAGGGCACAGGGUGAGGCUAAGAGUGCUGAGCUGAUUGGUCAAGCCAUUGCGAACAACCCCGCUUUCCUGGCUCUGAGACAGAUUGAAGCUGCCAGGGAGAUCUCCCACACCAUGGCGGCCUCAAGCAACAAGGUGUUCCUUGAUUCCAGGGACCUUUUGCUUGGGCUCCAGCAACUGAAUGUGGGGGGCGAACAAAAGAAGUGA